AUGGCUACCACCAGGGAAAUACAAUACCGAAGCCCCACAGUGCGUAUCAAGCAGGAGCAGGACGAUGACUCGGACACGGAGGAGUCUCACAUUGGUUUCAAGAAGUCGGAUGGACGCGAGUCGCAGAUAAUCCACAGUGGUCACUUCAUGGUGUCCUCGCCGCACAUUGAACACCCACCAAGAAAAGGUUACGAUUUCGACACAGUCAACAAACAAACCUGUCGGACGUAUCACUUCGGGAAGAAGUGUACAUCACAUCUCUCCAUUGACGCGUCGUUGACAAAACUUUUCGAAUGCAUGACCCUUGCAUACAGCGGCAAGUUGGUGUCGCCAAAAUGGAAGAACUUCAAAGGACUGAAGUUGCUGUGGAGAGACAAGAUCCGGCUCAACAAUGCGAUCUGGAGGGCCUGGUACAUGCAAUAUGUGGAGAAGCGAGAGAACCCUGUCUGCCAUUUUGUUACUCCUCUGGAUGGGACCGUGGACAUGGAGAACCAUCGUUCGGCAGAGGCAAUAGCCACAGAGGGGAAAUAUUGGAAAAGAAGAAUUGAAAUUGUAAUUCGAGAGUAUCACAAGUGGAGGACAUAUUUCAAGAAAAGGUUACAGAAGCACAAGGAUGAUGAUCUAUCAAGCCUUCUCAAGGGGCCGGAAGAACAGUUUUCGCUGUUUGAGGAUGUCUUUCCAGACACCUUCCGUGUGUCCCUUUAUCAGGAUGAGGAAAUGGCUGGGCGCCGCAUUGCUCGCAAGAGCCGUGAGUCACCCGUCCCCAUGGAGAUGGACCCACUCUUUGACAUGGACGUGCUGAUGUCAGAGUUUUCUGACACACUCUUCUCCACGCUGGCCUCCCACCAGCCCAUGGCCUGGCCCAAUCCCAGGGAAAUAGCUCAUGCAGGGAACGCAGACAUGAUCCAGCCUGGACUCAUCCCCCUACAGCCCAACCUGGACUUCAUGGACUCCUAUGAGCAAUUACAAGACUUAUUUCACAGCCUCCGUCAGCCCAUCUUCCCCUCUGCUUCCCUCACUGCCUCAUCUGCCACUCCUCUAUACAGCAGCAGCUCUCAAUCCCAGGGCCAGCUUCUCUCCUCCAUGCACCUCUCAGCUGACCUCCUGUCCGCCAGUCAUGACCACAGACUCAUCGCCUCCCCAGCCCCCCUGACUAUCUCCUCCCUCAUGUCCAAUCAAACCAGUGGGACCAGUGGAAGCCCCUCUUACGUACAGAACUACAUGCCUCUGUUCUCUGGACCGGUGCCCCCUAGUGCUCAUGCUGGAGGCUCCUCCCUUAUGCAACCCUCAGCCCUUCCCACGGUGCGGCACACCCAGCCCUGCCAGGGUGCUGCCACCCCAACACUAGUAGCCCCCCCACCCCUAAACGAUGCCACAAGCCUGGACGGUUCCCCGCCCUCAUCUGUCAUCACACAUACAACCACCUCCACUGUUAUACCCAGUGAUGCUGGCACCACCUUCAGUCACGGCUCUGACUUCAGCUCCCUAAACCGGGCACCUCCACCACCACCCCUCCAGCCCCUGGCACCCUCACCUGCCGCCACCCCACAACACCCCCAGACCUUCGCCCUGCCCAGACCCAUCCAACCCUCUUGCUCCAACAAAAAGACACGCCGUGUGCAAAGGAUUGUUCCUGCCAUCUCCUCGUCUCACCUCAUCCUAACAGGGCAUACCAGUGCAGUGAUUGUUACUCCAACCGCCCUGAAAGCAAAUGUGGUUCCCUCAACUGGCGUGGUAAUCGGCUCCUCCAGCCUAUCAAGGGCUCCUGGAUUUCACAUCCUUCCACAGACUCCGAAGUCUCCCCAGCUCAUUAUCCCUAAAGAGGAGACCUACUCUUCCAGCAGCAAGAAACAAGAACCCUCCACAAGUACUGGGCAUGAGGACCGUGGCUCAGGUCAGGGGUCACUGUGUGGGUCAGAGCAGGUCUCCAGUCCUCAGUCUCCACACAGCAGCUGCAUUGCCCUUUCCAAGAACGAGUCCAACCAGAGCCGUAGGGUGACCCAUAUCACUGCUGAACAGAAGAGGCGCUUUAACAUCAACAUUGGCUUCAAAAUGCUGUGCAGCCUGAUUCCUGCUCUCAAGUCCCAGUCCAAUGUCAGUAAUGCAGGCACGCUGCAGAAGACAGUGGGGUACAUAAGGAAGCUGCAGCAGGAAAGGCAGCAGAUGCAGGAGGAGACCAAAAGGCUACGGGAGGAGAUUGAGGAGGUCAAUGCCUCCAUAAAUGUGUGUCAGGAGCAGCUGCCUGCUACAGGUGUGCCCAUCACACGCCACCGAUUCGACCACAUGCGGGAGAAGUUUGAUGAGUACGUGAAGAGCCGCACCCUUCAGAACUGGAAGUUUUGGAUCUUCAGCAUCAUUAUUAAACCCCUGUUUGAGUCCUUCAAUGGGACUGUCUCCACCACAAGCAAAGGGGAGCUGUGUGAGACCACACUGCAAUGGCUGGACCGUCACUGCUCCCUCCAUGUGCUGAGGCCCAUGGUACUGAGCACUCUCCGACAGUUCAGCACUAGCACAUCCAUCCUUACUGACCCCACCCUUCUGCCUGAGGAAGCCACCCAGGCUGUCACCAACACCCACAGUCACUUUGCAGACUCCUAGCCGCACCUCCAGGGGAGGGGAAGAGUGAUUCAGAUAGAGUGCAUGGUCAUAGUACCCUCUGGUACAGCACUCCACAGAGGGUCUCUACCACAAAGUACUCCAACUUCUCCAGGUUGAAAAAGACCUUGGAACUACAGAAUGGAAAAGUACCAGCACUAGUUUGCCUUAAAAGGUAAUCCAAAGAAGUUACUCUGUCUUCCACCCUAUUCAUUACCAUUUAGAACAGGACAUGAAGUUUGUGGUCUUUGUAUACGUCUUUGUAUACGUGACCUCAUCCAGCUUACUGACCUCUCAUUCCUACACAUCGACUGGGCUUUGCGGUCAACAACCCAAGCUCGGUUCAUUACUUUGGAUGAUUAAUACACACCACACCGAACAACAUUUGCAGCAUAUUAUGAACACAGCAAUAACAUUGCUCUUUGUUAAUGUAACUCGCCACACUGUUGAUGGUGGAACUCCCAAUUAGUUUUAAGGCUUGCAGUGCCUUCAGAAAGUAUUCACACCCCUUGACUUUUUCCACAUUUUGUUGUGUUACAGCCUGAAUUUAAAAUAGAUUAAAUGUAGUUUUUUUGUCACUGACCUACGCACAGUACCCCAUAAUGUCAAAGUUGAAUAGUUAAAAAAAAAAAAUUUACUAAUUCAUUCAAAAUGAAAAGCUAAAAUGUCUACAUUCAAUAAAUAUUCAACCCUUUUGUUAUGGCAAGUCUAAAUAUAUUCAGGAGUAAAUAUUUGCACAUAAGUUGCAUUGACUCACUCUGUGUGCAAUAAUAGUGUUUAACAUGAUUUUAACAUGACCAACUCAUCUCUGUACCCCACACAUACAAUUAUCUGUAUGGUCCCUCAGUCAAGCAGUGAAUUUCAAACACAGAUUCAACCAGAAAGACCAGGGAGGUUUUCCAAUGGCUUGCAAAGAAGGGCACCUAUUGGUAGAUCUGUAAAAAUAGGCGUUCUUCCUAACUCAGUUGCCGGAGAGGAAACCAACCUCAUGGUUACUGAGUUUAAUGGCUGGUAUAGGAGAAAACUGAGGAUGGAUCAACAAAAUUGUAGUUACUCCACAAUACUAACGUAAUUAGAGCGAAAAGAAGGAAGCCUAUACAGAAUUGUAUUUUCUUCUCCAAAACAGGCAUCCUGUUUGCAACACGGCACUAAAGUAAUACUGUAAAAAAUUAUGCAAAGCAAUUCACUUUUUGUCCUGAAUACAAUGUGUUAUGUUUGGGGGAAAUCCAAUUCAACACAUUACGGAGUAUCACUCCCUAUAUUUGCAAGCAUAGUGGUGGCUGCAUCAUAUUAUGGGUAUUUUUAGGUUCUGUACAAAGAGUAAAACUCAAACAGACGACUAGGAAAAGCUAAAACCAAGUUAUUCCUCCAUUGGGUCAAACAGCUGCAAAGACAAAAGACAUGUUUACACAAGCACAUAUAUUUAUACAGUCCUCCUAGGCUGAGUCAACUCCUUGCACAUCUAAACAGCCAAUACAUCUCUGUUGCAAGGCCGGACUUAAUUGGUUCCUCUCACUGGUGUAGUCAUGGCCCCGCCUCCUGCUAGAACCUUCAUGGGCAUGGAAGUAUAAUGUGUGUAACAGGACUGUUCCUUGUCAGUUCAUCUGACACGACCUCGGGACAAAUUCCUCACUCCUUCCUACUCCACGGCUGUUCUACCUUAUCAGUGACUGGAACCAGACUGUUGCAGUUUGCUUCCCUCUUUAGGAGCCAUGAGAUUUAACAAUACCAUGUUUUGACAGAAUGUAAACUUUCUGCACUCCCCCUUCCUCACUCAGUAACUUUCCAUACACCUAGGUCUUACACUCUAUUGACCUGAACAUAUGCAUUCCUUAUACAUGUAAAGUAAUCAAUAAGUUCUAGUAUGGUAACAUUAAUAAGUAUAUUUCAAACUAGAAUCCAACAUUAUUCUUGUAAUCGUUAAGGACUGGGGAGUUUUUCAGGUUAAAAAAGAAACGAAAUGCAGCUAAGCACAGGCAAAAUCCUAGAGGAAAACCUGGUUCAGUCUGCUUUCCAACAGACAAUGGGAGAUGAAUUCACCUUUCAGCAGGACAAUAACCUAAAACACAAGACCAAAUCUACACUGGAGUUGCUUACCAAGAAGACAGUGAAUAUUUCUGAGAGGCCGAGUUACAGUUUUGACUUAAAUCUACUUGAAAAUCUAUGGAAAGACCUGAAAAUGGUUGUCUAGCAAUGAUCCACAACCAAAUUGACCGAGCUUGAAGAAUUUUGAAAAGAAUAAUGGGCAAAUGUUGCACAAACCAGGUGCGGAAAGCUCAGAGACUUACCCUGAAAGACGCCCAACUAUAAUCGCUGCCAAAGGUACUUCUACAAAGUUUUGACUCGGGUGUGAAUACUUAUGUAAAUGAGAUAUUUCUGUAUUUUAUUUUCAAUCAAUUUUGCAAACAUUUCUAAAAACAUGUUUUCACUUUGUCAUUAUGGGGUAUUGUGUGGAGAUGGGUGAGAAAAAAAUAGGUUUAAUCCAUUUUGAAUCCAGGCUUGUAACACACCAAAGAAAAAUUGAAUAAGAAUGAAUACUUUCUGAAGGCACUUUGGCAGGUAAAUAACAUGGUGUUAAACUAGAGGUGUUUUACCGUGCUUGCUCGUUUUAUUUGGUAUUUUAGUUUUUAUUUAGCUCUUAUUGUUAUUUAAGGUAUGAAACAAAGAAAACGGCAUAUGAUUUGUCAUAUAAGGGAAAUAUCUCUUGAAUGAGUUGUAGCGUCCUGAGAUUCUGUUGGUUCUGUUGUUUUCUCUGUUGUAUGACGGUGAGUGUGGAUACAUUGAGUGUUAUUUAAAAGGCUAUAAAAAAGGCUUAGCACUGAUUGGCAGUAUGCUUUGAGUACUCUGAAAGCCUUCAGUAACUACUUACUACUGUUUUUCCAUCAUCAUUCUGCUCAUGUGCCUUUGCUUCUGGUCGGGUCUCAAACUCAUGCACAGUUGUCUUCCAUGAAGUGGGAGUGUUUCCCAGUUUUUUUAUGGCCAGACGUUCUGGGUAUUCUACCCUUUUUUGCGGGGGUUGAACUGUUCAAAUAAUACAAGAAGUCUUUAAUAUCCUCAGUGUUGUUAAGCCAAAGUCUAUCCAUGGAAAAAGGUGCACUUUUCACUCAAGGAAAAUUCAGUCUUUACUAAUGGACUCUGAGUGGUUCCUGGAAAAGGCCAUGGACAGGUGUGAAGCACAUUUAACCUUACACGCUGCAGCCUACCUUUUCAUUGUCUUUUGAACAAAUAAACCUUGUGCUAUAGGAGCAUUCAAACAUUAUGUGGUGAAUGUUGCUUUUUUCUUCUUGUUCUCUCAGGGAUGCGCUGGUGAGCUUUUUAUGCUGUUCCCUAUAAACAACAAACACAAUCAGGAUAUUUUAAGCUGAAGAAAGCAUCAGCCAUACUGUAAGCAUACAGGUUACAUACAUAGCAUAUGUAAGAUGUUCUUUUUUUGUUUCUUAUAAUCAAGUCAUCCUUAUGUCUAACGUAUGCUUAUGACAGCAUUAUGCUAGCCUGUCAAAGAUACAUAGCUCUUCUCAUAGUUCUGAUCGUAUUUGUCUAAGAUACAGUUAAACAUUAUAGGUCAUAUUGCAAAAGUAGAAACUUUAAUUUCACAUCUCUCCUUUAUUAGUCUCAGAAACCCUGACCUACAUUGGUACAUUGUGGGAGGCAUUUAGAGAAACUACUCUUUUAUUAGGGGUGGCAGGGUACCCUAGUGGUUAGAGCGUUGGACUAGUAACCGAAAGGAUGCAAGUUCAAAUCCCCGAGCUGACAAGGUACAAAUCUGUCUUUCUGCCCCUGAACAAGUCAGUUAACCCACUGUUCCUAGGUGUCAUUGUAAAUAACGGCCUAGGAAUUUGUAUUUGUUCUUAACUGACUUGCCUGGUUAAAUAAAGGUAAAAUAAAAAAAAAAUGCAAUGCACCUCAGAACAGCAAAUACAUGGAUAUACUUUAUUACUGUAACUCAUGACUGAUACAGAGUGAUAUUUAGUAUUUUUUUGUUGUUGUAUUUAUUACUUUGAUGCACAACAGAAUUUGCUUUAAAUUAUAUCACAUUUAGCACCAUUGGUUCUGUAUUUCCUGAAUGUAUGUUAUUUUUUUAGAGGCUAUAUGGGCUUUACGAGAGUCCUUAAUACAUGUCUCAAUAACUGUGAUCACCUAAAUGUUUGCACUCUUUGCUCCUCUACGAGUGGAGUACCCUUUAUCCUAUGACUGGGGACUGUAUUAUUGUUACUGAUUCUGAGCCCCAUGUACAGUAUUGGCCACAUCAGACAGCAUUUCUGUGGGCUAAUCACAACUAACAUGAAUCUAGUGUCAUUCAGAUCAAAGGUUUUAUUUCUGUUCCAUUCUAAGGGAAUUGGAACUAUGCAAAGACUCCAAAAGGACAAGAGCAGAUGGAUGUCAUUAAAACUUUUUUGUUUGCCAAGCAGUUACUAUGUGGGGAAAUUUCCAAUAUUCCUUUGUCAAGAAUCAUGACCUGGUUUAAGUUAUAAAACAAGGAUUAACUAUUUUGUUUGAGGAGAUUUCAUUUAUGAGAUUACUUUUUGGAAGUCUUUCUAUGUUUGUUCUCCCUGAGAUACAGUAAAGUAAGUGUUAUAAAUAUUCUCUUUCUUGGUCUACAAAGUAAAGACAUUUUUUCCCCAGCAUGGUUUCUGUGUUUUUGUACUGUGUUUUAGGUAACAUCAAUAUCCUCCUUUCUUGCAUUCCCGAGUGCAUAUGUUACAAGUCUAGGAAGAAUGACAACGGUACACUUUUCUGCUCUUUGACAGUUUCUCUCAUGUUCAAGACAUUGACAUUUUUUUCUGAAUAGUACUUUUAUUCCAUGUUAACAGAUUUGCAUCAGGUAUAAUACCUGGCAUUUCCAAUGAUGGCUAAUAUUAUUUAAUCCAAUAAUUGUCUGUAACUAACUGUACAGUGAAAAUCUCACUUAAAAGUUCAUAUUCUGUUAACUCAUACCCAAAUAAUGUUGACUCAUCCUAUACUUGUGUGGCCAAAGCAUAUAUUGGAUAACAAACCCUUCAAAGAACCCACCUCAAACUUGUAUCUCAAACAGACGGUUUCAAAAAUGAGCUAUUUGAGGAUGAGCUGGCCAGUCAGACUACUCUCAUUAAUAUUUUUUAUGCCCGGUAUACGCCCACACCAUUCUGUUGUUGGGGUACGCCUAGCCCUCGAUCAUGACUCUGUUCCAUAACACUACACACCAUUCCAACACAGUAAAGAUGCUUUUUAACAUACUUACUUGCAUUUUCUUCUUGGAAGGGAAACUUUUUUUCACUCAUUGUAAAUCAUUAUAAGUCAUAUGUCAUAGAGAUCUGGAAACACUGGACAGUUACUUUAAACGGUAUAUUCAAUAUGUGAACUAGAAUCAAAUGAGU